AUGUCCUCCAUUCUAGUCACCACAGGAGCAACUGUUACAUUCAAGCCUCUUGUGAGUUAUAUUGCUGACCUAGAUUUCUUACUAGAAGCUCAAAAGCUCGGGUACUCUACCAUAUACCUACAAUACGGAAAUGAAAUCUCUAAUAACACAAAUGUCAGUAAAAACUUUUUGAAUGAAGUCAUGCAAAAGUCACAGUUGAUUGAAAAGCUUGGUUUAGGAAUCGUUAACGAAACGAAUGAUAAGAGUGUUACGCACUUUUCAAAUGGAAGGCUCCUGCUCGUGGUAUUUGCAUUCUCGUCUCAUAUAAGCGACUACAUUUCCAAAGUAGACAUUGUUGUGUCCCAUGCUGGAACUGGAUCUAUUCUUGAUUCAUUGCGUCUUAAGAAACCGCUUUUGGUGGUAUCGAAUCUGGAGUUGAUGGACAACCACCAAGAAGAAGUCGCUGCGCAGUUUGAGAAGGAAGGAUUUCUUCAUCACAUAACUACUAAGCAGCUUCAAGAAGGUUACCUUUUAGAUUACUUGCGAAAGUUUUCUCGUGGAACAUUGCCAUUUUCUCUGCUUCCUGACCCCCCUACUGGUGUGGUGGAGUCUAUUUUGGCAGAGGAGUUAGCAAGAUAA